AUGCUAAGUAAGGGUCUUUUAUCAAGAAGGUUUUUCAGUUCUUCGAGAAGUAAUCUAGAAAGCUUAAAAAUUGCAUUUUUCGGUUCAGAUGAAUUUAGUAUAGAGUCAUUGAGAAAAUUAGUCCAAAUAUCAAAAGAGAAACCUGGGGUAAUUGAUUCAAUUGAUCUUAUAGCAAGACCACCAAAAGCCACAGGGAGAUAUCUUAAAGAAGUUACAGAUGUUCCAAUUGCUUCAUAUGCUACAAGUGAAAACUUAGCUAUUCACAGAGCUGAAAAAGAUGAUGAGAUAAAUUCAUUAAUAUCUAACAAAUAUAACAUGGCAAUUGCAGUUUCUUAUGGUAAAUUAAUCCCAAACCAAUUUUUGAAUUCACUUAAAUAUUCCUUAAAUGUUCAUCCAUCCUUAUUACCAAAACUUUCAGGUGCAAGUCCUUUACAAAAAGCUUUAUUAAAUCAUGAUAAAACAACUGGUGUUACUGUACAAACUUUAAGUCCUGAUAAAUUUGAUAAAGGUGCUAUAGUGGAUCAAACUGAUGAAAUAUCGAUUGAAAAAGAUGAUACAUAUAAAUCUUUGAGAGAUAGACUAGCAAUUAUUGGGGCUGAUCUUUUGGGAAAAGUUAUCAUUGAUGGUUCUUAUAGUAAUCCAACUUUCAAAUCCAAAUAUAAAUUUUCUUAUACUGGGAAAAUAAGCCCAAAUAUGACAAAGAUCAAUUGGAAUAACUCAUCAUCUUUUGAUAUAUAUCGUCAAUUCAAUACACUGGGCCCAUUACAUACUUUUAAAGAGAUUCGUGUCAAGGCUAAAAAGGGCAUGACCAGAUUAGGUUGGAGAAGGGUGAUAUUGUAUGAUGUUGAACAAAUUAAAGAAAACUUAGAUUCAUUGAAACCUGGUCAAUUUAUUAAUAAAGAUUCAAAAGUGAUUAUUAAGACUUCUGAUGGUGCUAUUGCUGUUAAGGAACUACAAUUAGAAUGUGAAAAAAGAGAGGGUGCUGAUAAAUUCUACGCAUCUUUAAAGAAGAAGACUGGAGACACAGAAAAAAUCUUUCAAGAUAAACCUGAAAAUUCACAAGAUACGUUAAUCAAAACAUCCGAGCUACAAGUAUGA